UGUGGCACAAUCUCUACUAAUAUGAAAAACAGGGGUGCCCCCGUGUCAGGCAUGUUCACCCUGUGAAACACUGUAGUAUCGUUGUUUCCCUGUGAUGCUUGAGUAUUUCAUUUGCUGGAGUAGUGCAGUGCAGGUUCCAAAAAAUUAUGUUCUACACACCGUGAAAGGUCCCAGCAAUGCAGCCAGUCCUGAUUGUCAGAGCCCUCUGGCAACCAGCAUUGAUGGGGAGCUGACCCCUUCAGCUAGUGGUUUAGCUGUUUGCUUAGAGUAUGAGAGUGGGAGGACUUAAAAGCUAGUGAGAAUUUCAGUUUGAAACAGACAGUGGAUGCUACAGUGGAUGGUGAGAUUCAAAAUGGAACCAUUUCACAGUUAUGAUCUCAGUUAUGUUUUAAAAUGUUUGGGAGAAAAUGUCUAUGGAUUUGGAAAAAAAACCCCCACCAGCUAGAAAGAAACAAUAAAAAGUUGUGCAAGGUGCUAGAUGCCAUUAGAGGCUGAAUGUUUCUUUUCAGAGCAUUUUUUUUAGAAACAUUGCUUCAAAUAAUUUCAUCAAUCUAGAGAAAAUUGCUCCUUAUAUCUUUUUGGUCUGUUUUCAGAGUGGAUUUUUAUGGAAGAACAGGGCUGUGCUGAGGCUGAGUCUUGGACAGGUUGAGCCCUUUGCUUUCAGAGGAGCUCUCUGAAAAGGCACAGAGCAUUUUAUGUUGCAGUUGCAUAGUGAUACCCGGUCCUUGCUUUGUGAUGAAUAAUUCAAAUGAAAGUGGCUGUUGUGCUGCAAAAAAAAACAGAACAGAUUUUGUGAGUAUGCUGUAUAAUGGGGGACAGCAAACAGCGUGGCCCUUUUCCAGUUUUGUGCCCUCCUCAGGAAUAGAUUCAACGGAUAGAGAAUUCUAUAUUUCCAGAAUACAACAAAUAAUCUCCUAACACUAAAUAAGUAUUCCCUGUCCUGGGUGGAAGUAAGGCUUGAACUCAAAGGAGAAAAAGUGUGCUUCCUUCUUCAUUUAUUCUUAGGGGAUAGUGUUGAGAAGCAGUAUAACAACAGUACUCACCAGGAAGGCUACAAAUAGUGUGAUCACUAGCAAGCUGCCAGUAUUUAGGAAAAAGAGCUUUCUGCAUCCAGCUUUCCUUAGUUCCCAACUUAGAAAUUUCACUGGGAUUUUAACAUGGUCCUAAGCUUUGCAUGUGUGUUACCCCUAUACUACAGAAGAAGCAAGCACCCUUCUCCUUUCAUGGGAGAACAUUAAUAGCUAUGUCCAAUGGCAAACAUGCAUUCUUCUGGUGAGUGGUUAAAUGGAAUUUGAAAACCAUUAUACUGUCCAGUGUUUAUACUGAAUAGCUGGAUUACUGGGAACUGCCUCAGGAUCAUCGGGGAGGUUACUGAGCUUUUGGUUUGAUCUUGAACCCAUCUUCCUAUGUAAAUAGUGUAAGCAUUAGUUAAGAAUGAUUAAAGUAUUAGAUAUUUUAAGAUGUCAUGUGUCUCUUCAUUAAACAGCCUUUGAAAAUUAAAACAGAAGUCAUCAGCCCAAACAGAGUUCUGUGGUUAAUGCUUUUUUCCUGUUUUGAUUUCAUCUAGUUAUUCCCUUCAGGCAUUUAUAAUCUUAUUGAGGGGCAGCCUAUGAAAUGUACUACCAGGGGAAAGCAAUUCUGCACAGCACACCACCUACUUGUGGGUUUACAUGUAACUAGUGCUGUGAAAACUGGCUUGGUUUGGACUCUGGGGUGACCAGAGGAGGUCCUGUGCAUGGUCAGUCACCUGCAGCACCUGCUGGAGGGGCAAUUGCUUUCCCAAAAGGUUGGGCACAUGGAGCAGCGAGGAUGAGAGUGUGAGCUGUGCAGAGAAGUGAGGGGUCAGCAGAUAGAGGGAGAAGUAGGAUGUGCUCAGAAAAUAGACAAGCACUACCUGUAUGCAGUCAAAACCUGUAAUCACUUUGGUUUCUACUUGUGUGCAUUUAAACCAGAUAAGCUUUUUUUUAUGCCUUCUUUUAUCUCAGUGCAAAUUACUAAGGGUGAGUUAUGACUGCAAAUAGGAGGCUUUAAAAACACUGAAGGUUUACAGCUGCAGAGUGUUGAUAUUCCAGGAUCUCUUUCUCACAUAAGUUUGAAAGCACUGUAGUGCUCAGAGCUUGGUGCCUGCUUUUGAAAUGAUAAAAUGUUUUAACUGUGAUUCUCCUCACCUCAAUCCUAGGUCCUAAUUAAGCAGUAAGAGCAGUAACUGCAGUAAUAAUUUCUCUUUGCACUGAUCUAAUCUGAAGUCACAAGCAGCUGCAGUAUUUAUGCUACGAAGGUUUUUUCCCCUUUGGCAUAUAUUGCACAGGCUGUCCCUUGAUCCAGUUACAAGUGCUUGAAGGCUAUUGAUUUUUACUCUGUUUUAUGAGAACUCUCCUUUUUAAUUUCUCAGGCUUGAAUUUGAUUGAUCAAAUCAUGCAAUAAAAGUAUUUAUGCAUCUGAUUACCUGUUUAUCUGGUCAGAGAAGAACUAGGUAUAACACAAAACCCUCUUUCUGAUUCCUGAACUGCUGGAGAUCCCAGGCUCUGGGAUAUUCUCCUCCUCCUCCUGCCAGAUCACAUUCAUGAGGUGGCUGUAAACAUGAAUGAUAUUUCUGAAGGGGAAGUGUUGUAGAGGCAUUUCUUAUGAACAUCCUAGAAACACACAGCAUGUGUGGAAAUUACUGUACCACGGAAAUAACCCCGGGUGUUCAUUAGGCUGAUUUGGUUGUGUUGCUAGGCAACUCGGGGCAACAAGGGGGAUUUUAUGUGUUCUUUUGGUAGGUACAGGUUUCUGUAGAGAAUUCCAGGUAAGUAAUAGAGCCGUGGGAGAAGCUGAUCAGCUGCCACACCAGAAGUUAAGCCCUACAAACUUAACUUUCAAGAGGAGUUUUUCAAGGAAGAAAUUGGAUUAGACCCAGAGAUGACGUACCCUGUUUGAUUUCUUUUCUCCUUGCACUCUGACCAGCUUUGUGUUUAGGCAGGCUUUUGUUUCUGGCUCCGAGUUGCUUUAAAAACAUUUGGGAGUGUGUCUUGGGGUGUUAAGGGUGAUGAGUUUAGCUUGAUUGGCUCGGCUUGCUUGGGAGUGCUUUGUUCUUCCCACCACCCUCAGGUCAGCUGUGAAACAUGCCCUUACUGCUCAAAAAAAAAAAAAAAAAAAGGAGAAAGGAAAAAAAAAAAAAAAAAGAAAUGCUGACUAAUGCCAGAGUUUUCUCAAAUGGCUGAUGCAAACCUGGAGAAUUUGCAUCAUCAUUCAGCUGGAGUAACUUGGUAUGAGAAGAGCUUAAAUACAAGUCCAUGCGGAAGCUGAGCUGGUUCCCAAUGAUAGGGCAGUACCAGCUCCCAGUGUGAAAGUGCAGGUGUUCCUGAGCAGUGCUCUGAUUGCAGUAAAGGCUCAAAUACACUUCAGGAGCUAUUUGCCUGUGUGUAGGAGCAGCUGGAAAGAUAAGCGAGGGCAGAGGAAGAGACCAAGUGGUUGGCUACACAGGGGGGGGGAAAAAGUCUUGAGUUUCUGCUGAAAACUUUUUUCCCUGUGCUUGCUGUCAGUGUGCUGGUGGCACUGUAGCAUGUAUAGGAAAGCUGUUGUAACCACGGUCUCUAAUGGAAGCUACUUUCAGGGGCAUGCUAAUGGCAGGUUGCCCUCUAUGGACAGCGAACAGCCAGCCCAGGAGGGAAAAGUUGUGCUGAAGAAGAAAGUGACACUUUUGAGAGGGAUAUCCAUCAUAAUUGGCACUAUCAUUGGAGCUGGCAUAUUCAUCUCUCCCAAAGGCAUCCUGAAGAACACAGGCAGUGUGGGCAUGUCUUUGACUGUCUGGACGGUGUGUGGUAUCCUCUCGCUCUUUGGUGCCCUCUGCUAUGCUGAAUUAGGAACAUGCAUUAAGAAAUCUGGUGGUCACUAUACUUAUAUCCUGGAGGCCUUUGGCCCCUUACCGGCUUUUGUGAGAGUCUGGGUUGAGUUACUCAUCAUUCGCCCUGCUGCCACAGCAGUGAUAUCAUUGGCCUUUGGACGUUACAUUUUGGAACCUUUCUUUAUGCAGUGUGAAAUCCCAGAACUUGCUAUUAAACUUAUUACAGCUGUUGGCAUCACGCUGGUGAUGGUCCUGAAUAGCACAAGUGUCAGCUGGAGUGCCCGCAUACAGAUAUUCCUUACCUUUUGCAAGCUUGUAGCAAUUCUGAUAAUUAUAGUCCCUGGAGUUAUCCAGCUAAUUAGAGGAGAAACACAGCACUUUAAAAAUGCCUUUGCGGGGAAUGAUGCCAGUGUUAUGGGAUUGCCACUUGCUUUCUAUUCAGGAAUGUAUGCCUAUUCAGGCUGGUUUUACCUCAAUUUUGUUACUGAAGAAGUGGAAAACCCUGAGAAAAACAUACCCCUCGCAAUAUGCAUUUCAAUGAUUAUCGUCACAGUUGGCUAUGUGUUAACAAACGUGGCUUAUUUCACUACAAUCAGUGCUGGGGAAUUGCUCCUUUCAAAAGCUGUAGCAGUGACCUUUGCUGAACGACUGAUGGGAAACUUUUCUUUAGCUGUACCAGUAUUUGUUGCUCUCUCCUGCUUUGGAUCUAUGAAUGGCGGUAUUUUUGCGGUCUCCAGGAUGUUCUUCGUUGCAUCCCGUGAGGGUCACCUUCCGGAAAUUCUCUCCAUGAUUCAUGUCCGCAAGCACACUCCUCUGCCAGCUGUCAUUGUUUUGCAUCCUCUCACAAUGAUAAUGUUAUUCACCGGUGAUCUCUACAGCCUCCUGAAUUUCCUCAGUUUUGCCAGGUGGCUUUUUAUUGGACUGGUAGUUGCUGGGUUGAUUUAUCUCAGAUAUAAACGUCCUGAUAUGCCUCGUCCUUUCAAGGUACCUCUAUUUAUUCCAGCAUUGUUUUCCUUCACCUGCCUCUUCAUGGUUGCACUGUCACUUUACUCUGAUCCAGUGAAUACAGGGAUUGGAUUUGCAAUAACCCUGACUGGAGUUCCUGCCUACUACUUCUUUAUUGUAUGGGACAAUAAGCCAAAGUGGUUCAGAAACCUCCUAGACAAGCUAACCGUGACAUUGCAAAUCCUCUUGGAAGUUGUCCCAUCAGAGGAAGACCAGAAAUCAUGAUCUUCAUGUACAGCUUUUGGCUUGGUGUUUCAUUUCUACCUGAGGAAGAAGGUGCGGGAAUUUAUCCCCUUACCUUACCCUUCUUCUGCAAACUGGAGGAACAAGUGACAGCUGAGAUGGAUACCGAGCGAGUCAAUUACCAGAACUAUAUUUUAUGAUGUUGCAAAUUUUUGUUUUAAUAUGAUUGGUUUAUGCGUAGAAAGUAAGAACUUGUACUAUGAGGGAGCUAAUCUCUUCACUAUUUCUUUUAUUACAGUGUCAUAUUUUAACAAACCUUAGGUUCUUCAGACUAGGAUUUUGGAUGCAUUGUCACUGAAAAUAGAUUUAAGUAAUGUGUAAGUAGUAGUCAUGUGUACUGUGAAGAAUGUAUCCUGCUUGCUGUCCCUGAAGAACCUGACUCUCCUCAGAGAAAGGGUGAGAUAAAGCUGCUGAGUUUCACUUACUAGUGUUCUUCCCGUAGCCUGAUUUGUCGACUUCUGGCUCACUGCGAGCACCAGCACGCUGAUGCAGAAGCACAACUGUUUCCACACCUUUGUGGUGGCAAGGUUUCUUCAUUCCAGAGUUGUUAUACUGUAGCGGAUAGGAACAUCUUCUGAGAAUUAGUAUUCCUGACAGUGAGGCAGGAAGAUUUUAGCCUGGGGUCUAAUUUUAUACAUGUUAAAGUUUCCACCAGUCUGGAAUUGGUUACUGGUUUAGCCAGUGUUUCUCUGUGUACAUAUGUAUAGGAAAUACAGCAACUGAGUAAUCACCUCCAAGUGAGCGAAAGCAUUUAGAUGCAGCCUCCGUUGCUGUAUGAGUAUUUUCUAUAGGGAAGCUUGUGGACCUUCAGUUAUCAGUCAGGCAAAACUGAUUUUAAAGUUUUAUAUCAUUGGUCAGUGGGCAGAAAUAAGUAAUAGUUACUACUAAGAAUACUGCAUAGACAAGGCAAUAAAUGAAAUACUUUUUUAUGAAUAAGGUGUAAGGCAAGCUACAACAGAUCUGUUGAUUUGAGUAGGAUAUUUGCCUAAUCUGUGGGUUUGAGAUUUGAGCACACUCCAAUUAACUGGGCUCUGAAACACCAAGGAAAAGGUGCUUUGCCAAUGUCUUCUUCCCAGUUUUAUCUCAGCAGAAACA